CUAUUUCUGUGGCUUAAAAAGUGAUAUUUAUUUUGUAAGUGGAAGGAAAUCCCAGACAAAUGCGGAUAUUAAGAUGCGUAGCUGUUAUUUUUCUUUGGAACUUAAUACUACACACAGCCUGCAAUGAAGUCAACUACAAACUUAUUUCGGACAGGAAGCAGUGGGCGGACGCGGACAAAGACUGCCGCUCACGUGAUGGGACGUUGGUGGUUCUGGAUACGCAUGAUCGCGUAAUGGCGAUCCAGGCCGCUGGGGUGCUAGAAACCGGACGUCCGGUGUGGACGACCGCCUACCGCCAGCAUUCGCCCUGGGUUUGGGUGGAAGGUUGUUUCUCGGCGCCAUUCCUCACAAAGACCGACGGGACGCGGCUCGCGGGGAACCAAGCCGCCGAGUGUUCCGCCGCCUGCAGGGACUUUAACUACGCCGCCGUUAAGGGUCACAUGUGUUUCUGCCUCGAGGACAUGCGAGAGUUGCAGCCCCUAGACGCCCGGGAGUGCGGUGUCCGCUGCCCAGGGUCUGCCGGCGAGUGGUGCGGGGGUGACCGUGGAGCCGUGUCCGUUUAUAGCCUUGGAGGAGUGAACGGAUAUAAGGAAUCGGAGAGGAAAGAAGAUGAUGUAGAGUUGCAACAAUCAGUUCACGAGGUGAGUCGGUCUGAUUGGAAGAACUGUGUGUACAUACUGAAGCACGAUACGCCCGUUUGGAUAUCCUCAGACUGUCGCAAGGCCCGACCAUUCCUCUGCAAAAUAUACCGUGAAGAGGGUUCGGUGAUCGAAUACAAGAGUCCCCGGCGGAAGACGGGCUCCUGGUUGGAAUCACGUGACCUAUGCCGCGCGGAGGGUGGCACUCUGGCCGACCUACAUGUGAACAACAUGGAGGCCGUGCUGGCACUUCCGGACCACAGCGAGUUCUGGGUUGGGCUUUACCGAAACACUUCUUGGACGUGGCAAACAGAUCCGGUGUUGGAAUUUCCUCAAUGGUGUACUGCAGUGACUGAAGAUAAACUCGGAGAGCUUCACUUUAACACGGAGUCUUGCAGCAUACCACAUGAUUACAUCUGCCAAAUACCUGUCCCGGUUGCAACUCAAAAACACUCCCCAAUGGUAGCGUACCUAGUUACGGGCAGCGUGGUCUGGGUGUUAGCCAUAGCAACGGGUGUGUUCGUCUUCUACAUGGUCCGCAGGAAAGGCUGUUGUAAACGGUCGAGCGGCGGUCAGACACGGACCAGCUACCUUGACUUAGACGAAAGCGCCAUGACGAGCAGAAAUGCCAGAACGCGCCCGCCGCGCCCACUUUCACACUCUUACGUCAACAGUGACGUCAGUAACGCACCGUCAUGCUCACAGCAACGGUUUGACAGCUCAGACCCGCCACUGAAAUCAAAGGGUGGCUCUGAACAGGAGGAUCAGUCUUACCGUAGCACCGGAAAUGAAUACGCGAGCGUCUGUAUGUCCAAAAUAGCGCAGAGGGACAAUGAUUUCUCACCGAUGUCGGACGACGACGGGGCCUGUAACUCUGGGUACACCAAUCGCGGGUCCACGAGCACUGAAGGUUACGAGUAACUUGUGAAGUGAGUGCUACAGGAAGUGCUUAAAAGUGUGAAGAAAUUCUAUAACACGCGGAUGCAAAGAAACAGAGAAAAUGGACACCUUAAAUUUGGUGCAGAUAUCGUGCUGUUUGGCGUUAGAACUAUGAAACGAAUAUUUUUAUAUUUAUUUUGUUCAAUUUAUUUAUUAUAUUGCAAUAAAUGUACAUGUGUUUUUCA